AAAGGCGAGAGCUGCGAAGGGCCAGGUGUCGGGCGCUGUUUCUCGUUUUCAUCAUAUAGACAAAACAGCCCUGCUGCAAAGAUGGUCAACGUACCUAAAACCCGAAGAACCUUCUGUAAGAAGUGUGGCAAGCAUCAGCCUCACAAAGUGACACAGUAUAAGAAGGGCAAGGAUUCUUUGUAUGCCCAGGGAAGGAGGCGCUAUGAUCGGAAGCAGAGUGGCUAUGGUGGGCAGACAAAGCCAAUUUUCCGGAAGAAGGCUAAGACCACAAAGAAGAUUGUGCUAAGGCUGGAAUGUGUUGAGCCUAACUGCAGAUCCAAGAGGAUGCUGGCCAUUAAGAGAUGCAAGCAUUUUGAACUGGGAGGAGAUAAGAAGAGAAAGGGCCAAGUGAUCCAGUUCUAAACUUUGGGAUAUUUUUCUUCAAUUUUGAAGAGAAAAUGGUGAAGCCAUAGAAAAGUUACCCGAGGGAAAAUAAAUACAGUGAU